AUUUCAACAUUUUUACUAGUAUUAAUAACAUUUUUAAAAAUGAAGAAAGGGAUCAACAAAGAGAGAAUAGCAACAGUUUUCUUCUUAUUUUGUGUAUGUUGCGAGUCACACUUGCUAUCAGUAUACUGGGGUCAAAACUCUAACAGCAACGUUAAGUUAACAGCAGAAAGAAGCUUGAGUGAAUAUUGCAACAAUUUCAAUUAUCAAAUUAUAAAUAUUGCAUUUGUUGAAGUUUUUUUUAAUCGCAAUCGCAAUGCUUUGCCAGUCAUCAAUCUUUCUGAUCAUUGUUAUAAACUUACUGAUUCUGAAUCCAUUUUAAAAUGUAUAAGUAUUGGAAAAGAAAUUCAAAAUUGUCAAAAAAAGGGUAGGUUAAUAAUGAUUUCAUUAGGAGGAGCGGACGGAGUAUAUGGGUUCAGUACACUAAACGAAGCUAAAGAUUUUGCAACAACGAUUUGGAAUUUGUUUCUAGGCGGAUCGUCAAACAUUAGGCCAUUUGGUAAUGCUGUCUUAGACGGUUUGGAUUUAAAUAUUGAAAAAGGAUCUCCAUUGUAUUACUCGGAUUUCAUUCAAACAAUGCGCUUGUUAAUGUCAGGAGAUAAUUCUAAAAGGUAUUAUAUAACUGGGGCUCCUCAAUGCCCAUACCCGGAUCCUUAUAUGGGACCAAUUAUAGUUGGUUCUGUUUUAGAAAAAGUGGCAAAAGAAUUCGAUUUCUUAUAUGUUCAAUUUUAUAAUAAUCCAUGUUUUAUUGGCAGUACGGAAUUUACAGUUGCAUUAAACCAAUGGUUAAAUUUUGCAAAUCAAAUAAAGAAGCAGUAUGACAAAGGUCCGUUAAUUUUUAUUGGACUUCUUGCUCAUCCUCAGGCAAGUAAUCAUUCAGAGUAUUAUAGCAAUCCCAAUCAAGUUGAAGCCGUUUAUAAUAUUACAAAAUUCAAUAAACACUUUGGUGGUAUUAUGCUUUGGGACGCUGGUUUCGAUUCCGUAAAUAUUAUUUCUGACAGUUAUUAUAGCAGCGCCUUGUCCAAGUUUCUUACAAAGGAAAACAAUAUACCUCUUCUCGUAGAUCAUAUGGUAUCGACUAACAAUCAAGUAAUACCACCUGAAAGCGAAAAGGACAAAAUUGAUGAUAAAAACGUUUUUUACAACAAUGCUUUUCAUCUUCGUGUUUAUUAUUUACAUUUGUUCUGUGCGUUAUUUAACUUUAUAUGUUUAGAAAAAUGA